GCACCUUGCGUGGCAAUUACAUGUGUGGUGCCAUUACCGCUCAACAGUUGGCUAAAAUGACGCCCGAAGAAAUGGCCAGUGAUGAAAUGAAAAAGCUAAGAGAGAAAUUUGUCAAGGAAGCUAUUAAUGAUGCUCAAUUGGCCACUGUACAGGGUACCAAAACGGAUCUGCUUAAGUGUGGCAAAUGUAAGAAACGUAAUUGUACCUAUAAUCAACUGCAAACACGUUCAUCUGAUGAACCUAUGACCACUUUUGUCAUGUGUAAUGAAUGCGGUAAUCGCUGGAAGUUCUGCUGAAAUAAUACUUACCGUCUAAGCAGCCUGUACCAACCACAACAGCAACAACAACACCAACACCUCCAACAUAAACACUACCAACCCUUAAAACUUUUUAUUUUCUCAACAGAAAAACCAAAUUUUAAAAUAAUGGUAGCAAUUCUAUUUUAAAUUUUCUUUGAAUUUUACUAUUUUUUUUGUUUUCUUUUUAUCGUUCGUUUUUCUUUAAUUUUUAAUAUAAAAUUGAUCUACAUUUAUUUUGUAGACUUUUUCAAAACAAAUUUUAUUACAAUAGUAAAAAAACAUAUUGCAAGUAAUUUGUUUCAUAAACUUUUUAUUAUCGUAACUUUAGUCGUUAUAAUAGUUAGUCUCGUGACAUAUCCUUAUGGAUGUGCUCCUUUAAAAUUAUAAAAGCAAUUACUAAUUUACUUUUGUAUAGAUAAUUAGUAUUUGCUUUCAAAAAGGAAGAGUUAUAUUUUAAGUCAAAAUCUACUCUUGUUAAUUGGACAUAUAGUAUAUAUACAAAUAAACAAACAAAUAAAUAAAGAAAAUAUGAUGCUAAUUACCUA